AUGGCCGACCUCUCGACCUGUCCUCCCCUGACCCGCUCCUCCGUCCAAAUCGCUCACAAGCGCAUCCAAAGCUACAUCCACCUCACGCCAACGUCAACAUGCGAGACGAUCAAUCACAUCGCUAGCACGGCCCAAGCAUCCCGCACUGACAGUCAGCCCGCUGGCGACGUAUCCUCAUGUACAGCGAAUCCGAAAGUGAAGCUAUUCUUCAAAUGCGAGAAUCAACAGCGGAUUGGAGCCUUCAAGGCGAGAGGCGCAUUUUAUGCGCUGGGACGGUUGAUUGAAGAGGAGGGAUUGGAGGAAGUCAAGAAGAAGGGAGUUGUGACGCAUAGUAGUGGUAACCACGCCCAAGCCCUCGCCCUCGCCGCCAGAACCCACGGCGUACCCGCCCACAUCGUCAUGCCAGGCAUAUCCACUCCGUCCAAGAUUGCCGGCACGCAAGCUCAAGGCGCGAAUGUGAUCUUUUCGGGUUCGACAAGUGAUGAGCGGGAAGCUGUGGUCGCGGAGCUAAUUGAGAAGACUGGAGCACGGUUGGUUCCGCCGUAUGAUCACCCGGAUAUCAUGCUUGGGCAAGGGACCCAGGCAUUGGAGUUGGAGAGUCAGGCGGAGGAGUUGAUUGCACAAAAUCCAGGACUGGGAGUAAAGGGGAAGAGGAGGUUAGAUGCGGUCAUUGCGCCGAUUGGAGGUGGAGGCAUGUUGAGUGGCAUUUGCACUGCGUUGCAAGGCACGGGAAUCAAAGUAUUUGGAGCGGAGCCAAAUUUUGAGGGAGCGAACGAUGCAGAGAUUGGACUGAAAGAGGGCAAGAGGGUGGAGAAGGUCAAGACGUUGACGAUAGCGGACGGGCUAAGGACGCCGGUCGGAGUUCAUCCAUGGGGUGUCAUCACAGACAAGAAGCAAUUGGAGGGGAUCUACAGUGUCAGCGAGGAGCAGAUCAAAGCGGCGUUGAAGCUGGCAAUGGAGAGGGCGAAGCUGUUCAUUGAGCCGAGUGCUGCGGUGCCGCUGGCGGUGAUGCUGUACAAUGAGGAGUUCCGCAAGCUGGUGGAGAAGGAAGCUGGAGAGGAAGGAUGGAAUGUUGGUAUCAUAUUGAGCGGAGGCAACACAACAGUGGAAGCUAUCGCAAAGCUGUUCGCUGCUCCGGCCAAGGUCGAAGAAAGGGCAGAGGGCAAAGUGGGUAUCAAUGGCGAGAGAACAGCGGAGAAUGUCGCAGGCUAG